AUGGUGUACCCUAGCCUGCUCAUGUCACAAUUCGCGACCGCGAAACGGGCGGCCUGCGAUCGGUGUCGCAAGCACAAGGUCGCCUGUCCUCCAAGGAACAACAUCGAGCUGGAUUGCGACCGCUGCGUCCGCGCUGGUGCUGUUUGCGUCACGGGAUACAUGAAACCACUGGGCAAGCCCACUAUCCGCUGUCAAUCCAACACACCAAACGAUGCGGUGUUGACCACCGCCUGCUCUUCGCCUGGCCAAGGCUCCCAAGCCUCGCACUUGUACAGCUUCUGCGACGCAACAGACAUGGCAGAGCCGAUUGAGCCCUGGUCAUUUUCCGAUGUGACCGAGGAUGACGAGCUCAUCAGCGGCAGCCAGGACUUGAGGCACGAGGCCGCCUCGCUGUUCCAUCCAGAGGGCUUGCAGACGUGGUGGAACGGCACGGACAGUGCAUCGUCCCUGGAGACACUUCAUCAGAAUUGGCACUCGGCACCACCCUCGGAGCAAAACGUGGAUGCCGGUCAGAAUCAGCAGCGCAUCUCGUUUCCGUGGAGCCUCUCGCGCCCCUUGAGCGUGCCUGAGCAAAGUCCGUCUUUCAGCUGCAGCGCAAGAAAAGAUCUCGAGGUCGCAGAGUACAAUGUUCGCCUUUCUCAGCUCCGGGUCAACUUGGCCAGGCAGAUCUUGCACCAACAGGGCAGCAACCCAGAGCAGCAGCCGAGGAGCAUGACUGACGAAACCGAGACUGCAGCGGCAGAGUCUCCACGUGAGCCUUUAUGUUCCCACGCGCUUGGGGCAGCAUUGAGCAGCACGUCAGAGUUCCUGGACAUUAUACAGUCCUACAAAAGGCUCAGUCGCAGUGCUCAGCACGUCGACAAUCCCACCAUGCUUCUCGACCUACUGUCAUUCUACUUUCACCUUGUCUCAGUGUUCAACUACUUCUUCCGACAACUAUACGACGCGCUCGGCAGCGGUUCUUUUCAACAAGACACCGCCUUGCGGGGCCUUCAUCCGCUUCCCAAUCUGAAUCUGUCAGGGUUCGCCGUGAGUGGGGGCAAACUCCAGACCAGGAUACUGCUGCAAGCAGCACAUCACCAGUUCAAGCAGAUUGAGAGGAAUUUGGGUGUCCCGCCCGAGCAUGCUGUGUCCCUCCGCACAAGGGACGCAAAUGACAGCAUCUGCGACAACCGCCUACGAACCAUUUUCCAGGCUGUCUUUAGCAAGAAUCAGAAUGGCCCAGGAAUAACGGUCUCGCCAUCCUCAACGAGCACUCUUAGAACUAGUUUUGUGAUGAUCAGCCGGAGAUUAGAUGAGAUAGACAAUUAG